AGCCAUAAGCAAAGAAUCUUCGGUAUACUCUGUCAAAGAAGGAUAAAAGAAAAUAAGUGACAUGACAUUUCAAAAUUCUUAUACAACCCUCUUGCAUAUGUUCUUUAGAAAAAGAAGAAGAUAAAACUAUCAGAGAAAAACCUUGUGAUAAUCACAAUAACUAGCAAGAACAAACUAUAGAUAGAACAAUUUUCAGAUAGAGCAUUGUGAACAAAUGUCAUAAACAGUUAGGGAUCACAGGAUGAUUCGCCGAAUGACAAACCUUCCACGAAGCAUAAUGAGCUUCGUGGGAUUAGGAAGAAGAAGAAGAAAUCAAAACGCAAAUUUUCCAAUGCAAACUCUAGACUCUCCAGAACCACAAGAUAUUUUAGCAACUUCAGAAGAGUGGACUUUUCUAAACAACUUUGAGCAACAAUAUGGCACCAAACAUCCCUUCUUUUAUGCUUGUUGUUUUGUUGAAGCUAUGAAGUUAGCAGAACAAGAUCAAAAGUUUGUGUUCAUGUAUCUUCAUUCACCGGAUCACCCUUUUGCAAACGUUUUCUGCAAGGAAACCCUGUGUUCGGAGCUAGUGAUUCAGUUUCUUGAUGUGAAUUUUGUUUGUUGGGGUGCAGUUGCAGAUAGAGGAGAGGGUUUGCAAAUGGCUUCAACAUUGAGACCUUCUAGCUUUCCUUGUUGUGCUGUCAUAAGCCCUAAUCCUAGUGAUAGCAUAAUGGUGCUGCAACAGCUAGAGGGACCACUCUCACCAGCAGAGCUAGUGGAGAUUCUACAAACAACAUUGGAAGAACAAGGGUUGGCUUUUGGUGGUGCUAAAGCUAAGCGAAAUGAAAAGAUUCGUGCAGAUCGUAGGCUCAGAGAAGAACAAGAUGCUGCAUAUCUUAAGGCUUUGCAAAUUGACAAGGAAAAAGAAAAGCUCAGAAGCUUACCCUCAAAAGAGAGAGUUCAGAAGUCAGUGGAAACUCAGAAGUUAAACAUCAAUCCUAUAAAUGUCAGUAAAUUUCAUUAUCAAAACAAAACAGGAAAUGAACCAACUGGUGAGAAAAAAGACAAGGGAAUUGCAGGUAGAGGGAAAGAGACUCAAGUUGCACAGAUACUCAUAAGGUUUCCAAAUGGGGAAAGAAGAGAACAUACUUUCCUAUGCAGUGACAAAAUUCAGUCCAUUUUUUCAUAUAUUGAUUCAUUAGGUCUGGCUGGACUUGGGAACUAUAGACUGGUAUCAAAUUUUCCUAAAAGAGUUUAUGGUGUUGAUCAAAUGAGAAUGUCUCUCAAAGAUGCUGGUUUGUAUCCUAAAGCUAGUUUGUUUUUGGAGCCUUUGUGAAUAGGGGUCUCACAACCAUGUUAACAUAUGCAUAAUCCUUUCUUUGAGGGUGUAUUAGGUAGAGUGUAUAGAAAAUUUGGCGCCGUUAAACUUUGUUAAAUAAAGUCUGAUAAUGAAUACGAUACUGUUAAAUCA